CUAUACAGCCAAGCGGGAAUUUGCUGAAAUGGGGUGCUGCAGCAGCGCUGAGAAGAAGCCCGACUGGAACCCUCUGGAGGAGCGACGGUGCACAGACAUCCCGUGGUUUCUUCUGUUCCUGCUUUUCAAUAUUGGGAUGCUGUGUAUCUGUGGCUUUGCCAUAGCAACCGGCGGCGCCUCCAGGCUCGUCUCUGGUUACGACAGCUAUGGAAACAUAUGUGGGCAAAAAAAUGCCAAAAUCGAGGGCAUCGACCUCAGCGGGCGAGACCAAACCUCCAGAAAGUACGUGUUCUUCUUGGACCCCUGUAACAUUGACAUAGUGCAGAGGAGGAUUAAGUCAGUGGCUUUGUGUGUGUCCCGCUGCCCGGACUCAGAAAUCAAGACUUAUGAGGAAAUCAAGACGUUUGCUUUAAACAACGGAUCUGAGCUGUGCACAUACGACUUCACACCCGGCAAGUAUCCCACAGACCCAAGCAGAGUCACCAAAUGCCCCAAGCUUCCUGUCCCUCCCAGCAAGUCUUUGCCCCUGUUUCAUCGUUGUCUUCCUGCUGAUGUGUCCUGCUACGCUAAGUUUGCUGAAGCUCUCAUCACGUUUGUCAGCGACAACAGUGUGAUCCAAAGGGUCAUUGCCGGGGUCAUGACCUCUAAAGAGAUCAUCCUCGGCCUCUGCCUGCUGUCGUUGGUUCUUUCCCUGAUUCUGAUGGUUGUGAUCCGGUACAUCUCUGUGGUUCUGGUUUGGAUUCUGACCAUUGUGGUGGUGAUAGGAUCUCUGGGGGGCACUGGUGUUCUGUGGUGGCUGUAUGUGGACCAUAAGAAAGCUGUGAAUGAAACCCUGCCUGCUCCUGAGCUGGAGGUGGCCAAAGACAACGUCCAAGCCCUGCUCAUCUACGCCAUCGCUGCAACCGUCUUCACGGUGAUUUUACUGCUGCUGAUGCUGGUCAUGAGGAAAAGGGUGGCGUUGACGAUCGCUCUGUUCCACGUGGCCGGUAAAGUGUUCAGUCACCUGCCGCUGCUGGUCCUCCAGCCCUUCUGGACUUUUCUCACCUUCAUGCUCUUCUGGGUCUACUGGAUAACCGUGCUUCUGAUGCUCGGGACCGCAGGCAGCGCCGUGAAGAACAGCGAGACUGGGCUGGUGGAGUUCCAGAUGUCCGGACCGCUGCAGUACAUGGUGUGGUACCACGCAGUCGGUCUGAUCUGGAUCAGCGAGUUCAUCCUGGCCUGCCAGCAGAUGACCAUCGCCGGAGCCGUGGUCAGCUACUACUUCACACGAAACAAGUCUGAGGUCUCCAUGACGCCCAUUCUGUCUUCCGUUCUCCGUCUGAUGCGGUAUCACCUGGGAACGGUUGCUAAGGGAGCUUUCAUCAUCACCCUGGUGGAGAUCCCGCGUCUCGUCCUCACUUUCAUACACAACCAGCUCAGAGGCAGGGAAAACGCCUUUGCCCGCUGUAUGCUGAAGGCCUGUGUCUGCUGUCUGUGGUGUCUGGAGAAGUGUCUCAGUUACCUGAACCAGAAUGCAUACGCUGCCACGGCGAUAAACAGCACGAGUUUCUGCACAUCAGCCCGAGACGCGUUCGUUAUCUUGGCCGAGAACGCCCUCCGUGUGGCCGCGAUCAACUCCGUCGGAGACUUCGUCCUGUUCCUGGGAAAGGUUCUGAUCGUGUCGUGCACGGCCUUCGCUGGCGUCCUGGCGCUGAACUACCAGAGAGAGUACACAGUGUGGGUCCUCCCCCUCAUCAUCGUCUGUCUCUUCGCCUUCCUGGUCGCGCACUGCUUCCUGUCCGUCUUCGAGAUCGUGGUGGACGUGCUGUUCCUGUGUUUCGCCAUCGACACCAAAUACAACGACGGCAGCCCCGGCAGAGAGUACUACAUGGACAAAGCCCUGAUGGAGUUUGUGGAGAACAGCAGGAGAGCAAUGGAGGGUGGCGGGCCAUCAGAGGGGGACAGCAGAGAGAUGAAACCAAUGACUGGCAGAGGAACUCUGGCGUAACACAGAUGAGCUGAAGAUGCUACACUAAAGCUAGGCUUUAAUUUACCAUCGGCUUUACUCAGGAGAAUU